GACGGCUGUAAGCGGCUUUCCUUCCGCCACAAUGAUCAAUCAUCACCGCCUCCGUCUGGUCGACGUCGAUUACUCUACCUGAGCCUCUACAAAUGCAGCAGGACGGCCAACUUCGCGACGGUCUAUGGAUCAAACAGACUCCCUCGCUAUACAACAAGACCCAAGCUGCUAACUGGCUCUCUCGUAUAAAAUAUCCCGGGAGCUGGUCUGAAGACAAUGUCGGUGAUUUUGAAGCUGACUUGGAUAAUUUGUGUCUUCUACAGCGUCUUCAAAUCGUUGCUUUUGCCUUCGAGAACACAGCGAUGCACUAUACAAGCCAUCAUUCAAUGGACAUUAGUGUUCCUGCUUUGUAUCGACGUUUUGUAGUGGAAGGAAAAGGGUCAUACUGCUUUGGACAGAAUACACUUUUUCUGCAGAUGAUUAAAGCUCUGGGAUAUCGUGCGUAUUCCGGGUCAGGAAGAAUCAACACCGCUCCAGCCAACUCUCCUCCAAAUUUCCUCUCAUUCGUACAUGAAGUACUCUUUGUUCAGCCUCUCAAGGGUAGUAAUAUCACCUAUGUCGUAGAUGCUAGCGGAGGAGGAUCCUGCAUAACGCGUCCAAUUCUUUUGAAAAAUGGAGCUAAAGUUAUGGGUGCUUCACCCUCGGAAUGCCACGCCUUGGUGAAGACUGGACGUGUCGAAUCAAGUCUCGAGCAGAUACCCAAUUCUAAAGAACCUGCAGGAGUAGAGUGGCGUCUUAUUGUCACGCAUGCUUCGGAUAGCGGACCUACCUCCACAAGAAUCAUGUACUCAUUCAUUGAAGACGAGUUCUUCGACAUGGACUACGAAUGCUCGAACAUCGGCAUCUAUACAGGAGCAUGGGCCGAAAAAGAAUCCUUAUUCAUGAACAAUAUCGUCUGUGCAAGAUGUUUUUGGCUGAGUGAUGAAGAAAUGGAGGCAGAAUUGGUGAAAAACAGCAUGCUUGAAACAUUCGAAUGCGAUGUGUACUCUGCAGGAGGUACCCCGCGAUGGGAUCAUUCUCUGAGGUCUCGAUAUCUUGGACGCUUGGGAUUGUAUGCGAAUGAACUCAAACGACAUGUCGGUACACGUACAGAGACAUUAAAGGUCUUCCAUACAGAGAUGGAAAGAAUUGCUAUCUUGCGGGAGUUCUUUGGAAUCGAUAUCGCUCAAGCAGAUCUUAAACAUAUUCGAGGUCGGCCUCCAGCUCUUGAGCUCCCUUGAUAUUCCGAGCGCAUAAUAACGAUAGAACUUCAUAGAGUUUACUAUCCUAAUCUAACCUGAACGUGCACCAU